AUGACGCGUAAUUAUCAAAUUACUGAUCGAUUUAUUGAUAGAACAAAAAAUGAAGAACAUGAUGUAGAAGAUGAAGAUCCUGAUGUGGGAUAUGAAGAAUCUGAUGUAGAAGAUGAAAAAUCUGAUGUAGAAGAUGAAGAGUCUGAUGUAGAAGAUGAAGAGUCUGAUGUAGAAGAUGAAGAGUCUGAUGUAGAAGAUGAAGAGUCUGAUGUAGAAGAUGAAGAGUCUUAUGUAGAAGAUGAAGAGUCUUAUGUAGAAGAUGAAGAGUCUGAUUAA